AAGCAGAAAAGUACCGUCACAAGGUCACGUUGUGUUACAUACCCGUCGCAGCGAACUGGUGUUCUACAAUUGAGCCUUGAUUGCCAACUUUAGUUUCUGUGUCGCUUCAGUGAAUCUGAGUGCAUCAAUUACUUGGGGAACGUGUAGCUAUUGGCAUUCAAAGCAAAAACCAGUCAGCAAAGCUAGGGACGGAAGCGGCUGAGUCGACCAGCUCAGACCGGGCUUGUGAGAAACGUCAAGCAUUGGCACCCGUACAGUGUCCGCUCAGACCACCGGUUACAACUAUGCUUCCGCAAAAUGGAUUUGCCAGAAAUCCCCAGCAAGUGCCCUCAUUCGAUAACUCAUACAACCAGCUGGAUGGGCCGAUGCAAAAACAAAUGAUCGCCCUCAACCAGGCCAGCCAGGCUAGAAUGAACAGCAAUUCUUCGUAUAUCAACGGUGGCGGCACAAACUCGGCAUCAUCAUUUCUCGGAGGAAUGCAGGAUGUUGGACUGGGUCAUUCCAGUUUCCAAGUCACCCCGUCCAACAGUCACCCAAAUUCGCUUAACGCCCCUUUCUUUGAUCCCUCUAUGUCACAAUCCUCAAAUUCUCUCAAUCGCCCUCCAAAUAUCAUGGAGAGGUCACACGCCUUCCUCAAUGGUCUCGCCAGCUUCAUGGCGAAGCAAAACACCCCGUUACCACCCACAUUGACCGGCGUUCCAGUUCCCAACUACGAUCCCUCGACCUCCAUGUUUAACGAAAUCGAGUCUUCAGCCGAACCAGGUUCAUUCAGGUUAGCAGGGAAGGAUGUGGAUAUGUUUCGACUAUGGGGAACCGUGUUACAACGUGGUGGUUCGGCGAUGAUUACCAAUAACAACCUCUGGACGUCACUUCUUCCUUUAUUUGAACUUCCAGAACAUUACCCGUCUAUUGAUGGUAGUAGUGUGGUGUCUGUUGCGCAGUCUCUACAGCAUUUUUACAACCUCAUUCUCGGCGCUUUCGAAGAUUUCUAUCGGAAAAAUACACUCGAUAAACAGCGAAUGCAGGCUCAGGCAAUGAGACAAAUGAAUGGCGCCGGUCCUUUACCCGCAACCCCCACUCGACCUGGGCCUAACCCGAUGCAGAUGGCCCGAGCAGCGCAUCCCGGGGUACCUACAAAUGGAAGUGUUGUUUUCCCUCAGAACACGCCAGGAACACCACAGACCAUGAAGGGCUCGGAAGCUUUCGUCGAAAGCAACUCAUCCGAAGAUUCGCAGGCAUUAAAGCGAAAACUUGAGCCAGAGGAACACGAUUUAAAACGCGUGCGACAGAGAACCGAAUCACUUGACACCGUUCUCCCGCCGGGAGGCGACCGAUCUGUUGCAGGACCCUUCAACUCCACUCCUUCCCAAACUUCCACCAUGAAUCCGCAACCCAGGGUCCGACUUGAACCGUCACGUCGGAAGAUCGAGUAUGUUCCGCUCGCACGAGAAGUUGAAACCUAUGGAGGAAGAGAUCUGAAUCAAAUUGAAGCGGAGAUUGUACAUCAAACAAGGCGACAACUGCGGGAACUCGGUGACUGGGGCAUAAUCGACAUUGAUUCGCUGACAAUGUCGAUACGUUCACGUUUGUCAACGGAGCUAUCCUAUGCCUUGACGACAUUUACUCUACUGUCCACAAUGAAGGGACAGCAGCCCAACACAGGCUUUCCCCUGCACAAUGCGCCAGAUCUGUUAGACGAAGUUCUCGAUCUUUUAGAGGAUCUGGCAUUCGAAGGCGUCGAGGACUCGUUCGACUCACCGAGUGAGGAGCCGGAGAUUAUUACAAAUCGGAGGCUGGUCAACGCUAUCAUCGAAGCAGAGAGCUCCCCAUUUGCGGGACUUGAACGACAUAAAACGUGCACCGACCACAAUCUAGGUCUACGUAACAAGCCAGGAACAAUAAUUCUCGCCAUCUUCAAUAUAAUACGCAACCUGUGUGUAAUGUCCGACAACGGGAGCACCAUAGCACGGCAUCCCCGAGUCCUUGAACUCAUGCUGAGGGUGUGCGAGCUGUCGUUUGAUGCCGAACUUCGCCCUGCGUCUCCGUCCCUUUCUCUCAGUGAAUUCCUCAUUGCCAGGAAAGAUACCUUGUAUACUCUGAGCUCCAUUGCUCCCUUCAUACACCUCUCCGGUGAUGGCUCGUUGACCUCGAAACAUUCCCAACGGCUCACCAAGCGUAUAUUUUGUUUGGUAGCGUCCUACCUCGUUGACCCCGUGGAAGCGGUUACCCCAAUGGGUUGCGCACAAAUUGUGAGUGGGAUGACCAUACACAGGCCGCCGGCUUUAGCCGAUAUUGCUUUGGAAGUCCUUACUAGGAUCAGUUUACCGGACCCAAACCGUCAGGUCUUUUCCAAAGCCAUCCCUCAAGCAUCCCUCUGGUGUUUGUUCGUAUCCCUUGUUCGGCGACUCCCCGUUGUGGAUGCCGAUUUCCACAUCGUCAUGAUGUCCAAGGACAUCUGGCUCAGCUAUCUGGAGAAACUCAUUAUGGCACUUUAUGCACUGGCGUUUCUCUCCUCCCCGAAGCUAAAAACCAAAAUGAAAACAGAUCGAAGUGUUGGAUACACGGGUGUCAUGAUUAGGUUGAUACAUAAGCUUCUAGUCCAGAGCAACACAGAAACGCGACAGGCGUUUUAUAUCUGCUUGCGAAGGGCGGUUGAGACAAUGAAGGUUCUCGAUGAUGGAGAGGAUCCGUUUGAUGUCUCAGAGCCGACGGUUGCUACGCUUUCGUUUGGAGUGGGAUAUGGUGAAGUUGGUGAAAACGAACUGGAGAAGGGAACCGGUCUCUUAGGUGGACGUCGUGAUCUCGGAUGGGACUUGAUACUGACGCGAGAGGUCAAUCAUGAUGAGCAGAUGUUCUCCGAGUUGGAAAGUCUUUUGCGCGUGCAAUUUUAAUGAUAUCUGUCCUGUACAUAUGAGUAUCAGUAUGGCUCUGUUGUUGUGUUAUUUGGUUAUACAUCCCUGUGCAGAUCCCACCUGAGUGAACACCCAAAAUUGUCGCUCGAUGUUGAACUUGAACUGCCAUGUCUGAAUUACCACCUCCCACAUAUUCUCAACGAGACCAAGACAACGCCGAAUCGUUCGAGGAAUCACAAAGCGACGCUUCCCCACCACCUCAGAUACUCAUCGUGCCGACCGUCGUGAAUUUCCAGAAGGGAUUUCUCGGGGCUGAAGGAGAACGGGCUGCGAUUGAAGGGGAGCUGCAGCUCAAGGGUGCCAACCCGACUGAUUGGAAUAAAGUUACAGUGGGCUUGCGCACAGUUGAAGCUGCUUAUUCGCGCGAGAUUGAGCUCAAUGUCUCCGAAGUUGUGUUGGUCUCUCAAGCACCUGAUAUUCCCUCAACCUCCUUUCCAUCGUCCAUGCUUUUUGCCAUACCUCUCAUGCAAGAUACACCGCAGACGAUAAUUACCCCGGUAUCCUAUCUAAAACACACUUUGACCGCAACCUUACAUCCUAGUGAUCCUCUUGGUGUCCCAGUUUUUGAAAGUCUUUCUGUUCAUACAAAGCGAUACACCUCUCACGACCACAUGCUCUCAGUCAACCCUGAGAAGCAUAAAUUGAUAGAGCCGAC